AUGUCCGGGGUAGUGAGGACCCUCAGCCGCUGCCUGCUGCCGGCCGAGGCCAGCGGGCGGGAGCGCCGGGGCGGCGGCGGGAGCGGCGGCGGCGGCGGCGGCAGCCGGGACUCGGAGCGGGAGGCCCGGCGGCGGAGCCGGGAGAUCGACGCGCUGCUGGCCCGGGAGCGCAGGGCGGUGCGGCGCCUGGUGAAGAUCCUGCUGCUCGGGGCCGGCGAGAGCGGCAAGUCCACCUUCCUGAAGCAGAUGCGCAUCAUCCACGGCCGAGAGUUCGACCAGAAGGCGCUGCUCGAGUUCCGGGACACUAUCUUCGAGAACAUCCUCAAGGGAUCGAGGGUUCUAGUUGAUGCUCGAGACAAGCUUGGUAUUCCAUGGCAGUAUUCAGAGAAUGAGAAGCAUGGGAUGUUCUUAAUGGCCUUUGAAAAUAAAGCUGGAAUGCCUGUUGAACCUGCCACUUUCCAACUAUACGUACCUGCUCUGAGUGCUCUUUGGAGGGAUUCUGGCAUCAAGGAAGCCUAUAGCCGCAGGAGUGAAUUCCAGCUGGGUGAAUCCGUGAAGUAUUUCCUGGAUAACUUGGACCGGAUUGGCCAGCUGAAUUAUUUUCCUAGUAAACAAGAUAUUCUGCUGGCCAGAAAAGCCACGAAAGGAAUUGUGGAACAUGACUUCAUUAUUAAAAAAAUACCUUUCAAGAUGGUUGAUGUGGGUGGGCAGCGAUCUCAACGUCAGAAGUGGUUCCAGUGUUUUGAUGGAAUCACUUCAAUCCUAUUCAUGGUCUCCUCCAGUGAAUAUGACCAGGUCCUCAUGGAGGACAGGCGCACCAAUCGGCUGGUCGAAUCAAUGAACAUCUUUGAGACCAUCGUCAACAACAAGCUCUUUUUCAAUGUUUCCAUCAUUCUCUUCCUCAAUAAAAUGGACCUCCUAGUGGAGAAGGUGAAGACUGUCAGCAUUAAGAAGCACUUCUCAGAUUUUAAGGGUGACCCUCAUAGGCUGGAGGAUGUUCAGUGCUACUUAGUUCAAUGUUUUGACAGAAAAAGGCGGAACCGAAGUAAGCCACUCUUUCACCAUUUCACCACUGCCAUAGACACUGAAAACAUCCGCUUUGUGUUUCAUGCUGUGAAGGACACAAUCCUGCAAGAGAAUCUGAAGGAUAUUAUGUUGCAGUGAAGGAGAAAGUCCCCUUGCUUUUGUCAUCCUUAAAUGGACUCGAGGGCUAUCAGUCAGAUGUGUGUGUCUGUGUGUCUGUGUGUGUGUGCGUGUGUGUAUGUGUUAUCUAUAUGGCCCUGGCAUAUGUUUCUAAGAUCCGUGCCAUUAUUUAGCCAGCUCAGGAAUGCUGUAAAACUAGCCAGUCCAAACAUAUGAGCUCUAGGCAGAAGGACUUGGAAACUUUGAUGUUAGCUACUGAAUUAUGGGGACUAGUGAAACUACUGAAAAACCAAGUGGUCGCUUUGCUAUAAAAUCCUGGUUUGGCAUACUGAGGAAAACAGCCUUCUUUUUAUGGAAAAACAUUAAUUUACUUUUUUUUGAUGCUUUUAAAGAAAAUAAUCUGAAAGAAAUCUUUUUUUUUUCAAGAACAAACUCAGUAGUCAUAUGGAUUGCUUUAUCUCUAGCUUUCAGGUGAACAGCUAACCUGAAAAUUUUGCUCAGAUAGUAGUUGUACUAAAAAAUAAAUUCCAACUGAUACUGUUAGCUCAAAGCACAUGAACCUAAACUGACACUCUCCACUCCUAUUCCACACACUGCAUUUGGCUAGGAAUCUAAAUGCCACUUCCCACAGUAAAUGUAUAGUUGCCUUUUAAGACUCUCAUGCCAAUUUUCCAAAAGAUAAGAACCUAGGAGUUGCAAAUUAAGCAAAAUUGCCAUGCAUAAGAACUCAUUUCUCUGGGCUUAUAAAACAAAUUUUUUUUUAAAUAAAAAUCUUGGACCCUAGCUGACAUGGACUGGGUUUAACUUUUGCACUACAAAAAUGUGUAGAGUUUUUCUUGCCUCAUGAACAGUUGAAUUACCAGUAACUCAACAUGUAAUGGAUUUGUGGCGCCAAAGCACACUUUGACGGGGAAUGUUUAGCUACCAACACACACACACACACACACACACACACACACACACACACACA